ACUACGCAUCUCCAUAACCUAACAGAUAUUUUCCUCAGUACGGUUUCUCUCUGCGUUAGCAAUGGCGAAUACGGAGGUUGAAGCGGUUGAUUUUGAGCCGGAGGAUGACGAUUUGAUGGACGAGGAUGUUGACGGAGGUUCGCCCAGGGCACCAAUCCCUAAGCUCAAGUCUGCCAUUACUGGCGGCUCUUCUUUCUCCGCCCCAAAGAAAACCAAAGGCCGCGGCUUCCGCGAAGAGGCUACCACUGCGGAGGCGGAGCGUAAUGCCCGCAUGUCCGGUCGAUUUGACUCGCUUGACUCUGAAGACGGCCCUGGCGCCGAACGAUCUAUUGAGGGAUGGAUUAUUCUUGUUACUGGAGUUCAUGAAGAGGCACAGGAAGAUGAUCUGCUCAACACAUUUGGUGAGUUUGGAGAAAUAAAAAGCUUGCAUUUGAAUCUCGAUCGACGUACUGGCUUUGUGAAGGGUUAUGCGUUGAUUGAAUACGAGAACUUUGAAGAAGCUCAGGAAGCUAUAAAUAAAAUGGAUGGAAGUGAGUUGCUUCUCCAGUCGAUACAUGUUGACUGGGCAUUCAGUAAGGGGCCAUUUAAAAGGAGGAAUAUGAGGAGGAGAUCUCCUCGUGGUCAUCGUUCUCGAAGCCCCAGGAGAAGAUUUUAAUCAUGCACACUUGAUGCGCUUGCACAUGGCGCAGAAUUGCGAGACAUUCUUAAAUACUGGUUGUCUAAUUUUGUGUAUGAUUUAACUGGAGUCAUCGGUUUCGUUUUCUGCUUGCGCCUUCAUCCCUAAAAUAUAGCUUUUGAGAUUCUAGUCAUCUAUCAGCAAUUUUAUUUAGCUUGUGGGCAAGGUGGGAAUGGCUUUCUUCAGCAAUGUAUGUGGUGUGGAGGUCUAGAGAAGUAUGGUUGUUUUGGAUGUCUAAUUGUUUUAUCAUAUUUUUUAUCUUUCUUUUGCCACAUAGUUUUUGCCGUGUACCGCUUGAUCCUUCAGUCGCCUGUUUAAUUAUUGUCGUGUAAAAAUUGGUAUUAUGGAACUUGGAAAAACUAUCUGCCUUAAAAAGGUUGUCUGUUUCCCUUUUCUUGAUCCAAUCUCAUAUGUGAAGAGAAGGAAGCGGCCUCUUCCAAGGACACGGGAUUAUGAAAAAAUUACCCUAAUACGCUUCUGAUGAUUAUGGUCCGAAAAAGUAAAAUCCCCAGCUAGAUUUGAGCUAGAGUCCACGUGGAAAGAAAAGGAUUUGAAAUGAAGUGAUUAUACUCCAUUUAGGUUGCCACUUUGGUUUGUGUUGGGCAAAAUACCGUUUUUCUAGUCACCCCACUGGCUCCGUGGUAACAAAAGAAUCUCCAUAUCUACAAAUGGAAAGUAUAUGUGCGUUUCAUUUCCCAACCUUUCAUGUAUAAGAUGGCAAGGUGUGAUAAUGUGAAAAUCCAAAGUAACUUAGGUCUACCUGAGUUAUUGCAUAUUAGAUGAAUAAAAUGUUCAGUUGAUUUCUUUUGCUGAAGUAGGAGAACACCGUGAUUUCCGAGCAAUUGUUUAUAUUUAUUAAAUAUAUAACUUUAACCCCUUUUAAUGCAAUGUUAACAGUUAGAAAAAAUAAGAUAAAAUAGUAUAUUAGCGAGGGUUAAAUUGUAGGAAG